UAAAGCAAAACAAAGUAAACAAACACACCUCUUUCAACUACCUUAACCAACCGCCUUACCCCUCCCUUCCCCAAAGCCCUACUACCCUUUUCCCAUUCCCCCACCUCCAAAUCCCAUUCUCUCUCCUGUGAAAGUUUAAAGAGAAAAAAAGCCCGACUUUGAGCCUCCACCCCCCAAAAUUCUGCAAAAGUUACCCGCUUUUUUUCUUUCCUUCCUCCUCUUCCCUUUCCUCCAUCACCGAACAACUCUCCUUCAAGCAACCAAUAAACAAAACCAAAAUACUAUUAGAAAUAAAAAACCCCACCUUUUAUUUUCCCUUUGAAUUAUCAAAAAGAAUUUCGUUUGGAUUUUAAUAUAUUUUCAUUUCGUGUUUCCGUUAAAUCCGGAUCCGAAUCCCAAUCAUCCCGACACGGCAAAUGUGGCGGCCGUGGGGCAAAACCCCGACUCGUAUCCACGACACGUCAGCGUCCCCGCCUUUAUUCUCCUGCUCCUCAUUCAAAGACGUCGUGAGCCUCUGCGCAGACGAUUCCUCCUCCCCCAACCUCGCCGCCUGCGCCUCCGCCUCCGCCUCCGCCAAGAAAUCCCUAGCCGUCUUCCACCGUGUCCGAGUUUCCAACUCGACCCUCCGUGCCUGGUCGACUCGCUCCCCGCCCCUCCUCGAAGAGCCUCCGCCUCCGCCGCCGCCGCAGUCGAUCUGCAUCCCCGGCGCCGAGAAGCGCGUGGUCCUCUACUUCACCAGCCUCCGCGUGGUCCGCUCCACGUUCGAGGACUGCCGGGCCGUCCGAUCGAUCCUGAGAAGUUUCCGCGUCCCGAUCGACGAGCGGGAUUUGUCGAUGGACUCGAGCUUCCUGGCGGAGCUGCAGCAGAUUCUCGGACGAAGGAAGCUGACUCUGCCCAGGGUUUUCAUCGGCGGGAGGUACGUUGGUGGGGCCGAGGAGGUCCGGCAGCUCCACGAGGCCGGCGAGCUCAAGAAGUUCGUCGAGGGCCUGCCCGCAGCGGAACCCGGCGUCUGCGACUCCUGCGGUGGGUACAGCUUCGUCCUCUGCAACGAAUGCAAUGGCAGCCACAAGCUUUACUCCGAGAAGGCCGGGUUCAAGUGUUGCACCGCCUGCAAUGAGAACGGUCUGAUCAGAGGACAGUAAGGAAUGGACGUUAGUGAAGCUCAAGCUUAAGGUGUUUAUACUCUACGAAUAAUGGGUAUUUGAGGGUUGUUCGAAGUUUAUUAUGUUGCUGAUUUUUCGAGAAAUUCCACAACUGAUGAUAUAAAAUGCGAUGAUAUCAUGUAUUACAAUCUCUACGGCUAUGAAGCUAUGAUCCAAUU